UAUACAUUAAAGUAUCCUGAUCUGUUGGUAAAGAUGUUUUUGUCAUCAGCCCGCUUUCUUAUCCUUCUACUCCUCUUGAACUAUGUUGACGCUGGACGAGUUCUGAGGAAGAUUAAGGAACGUGUGCGUGAUCUUCAACUGCAGAAAGCUAAGCAGCAGCUCCUGAUGCACACGGUCAGUGGUCAUCAGCCUCUCAGACAUGUGAAGGAGGGACGGAUCCACCAGCCUCUGGACCACUUCAACCGAAAGCACGUCAGCACCUUCCCUCAGAGGUUCUUUGUGAAUGAGGCGUACUGGCAGCGUCCUGAUGGUCCAGUGUUCCUCUUCAUUGGAGGAGAGGGGCCCAUCUUUGAGUUUGAUGUUCUGGCAGGUCACCAUGUUGAUAUGGCUGACAAACACAGGGCUCUGCUAUUGGCUGUGGAGCAUCGUUUCUAUGGUGACAGCAUCAACCCUGACGGCCUAAAAACAGAGAACCUGGCAGACCUCAGCAGCCAGCAGGCACUUGCUGAUUUGGCUGUAUUCCACCAGUACAUCAGCCAAAACUUCAGUCUGAGCCACAGGAACACCUGGAUCUGUUUUGGAGGCUCCUACUCUGGAGCUCUGUCUGCCUGGUUCAGAGGAAAGUAUCCCCAUUUGGUAUAUGGAGCUGUGGCCUCUUCUGCUCCUGUAAAGGCGAAGCUGGACUUCUCCGCCUACAACAAUAUUGUUGGCUUGAGUCUAAAGAACAAAGCAGUUGGUGGCUCAGAAAAGUGUCUGUCUGUUGUGCGAGAAGCCUUUGCUGCUGUGGAAGCAGCCUUGAUGAGCGGUAAUGUCAGCCAGGUGGCUGUGGACUUUGGCUGCUGUCAGAUCCCCAAGGAUCCUGAUGAUCAGCUUGAGCUAAUACAAAGCCUGGCUGACAUCUUUAUGGGAUCCGUGCAGUACAAUGAAGAAGGCGUCCUCAUGUCUAUUCAUGAGCUGUGUGGUCUCAUGACCAAUAAGAGCGAGGCAUAUGAAGGAGAGAUGGAGCCUUACAACCGCCUUGUCAAACUAGCACAGAUUUACCGCUCCACCAGUGAGGAGCCCUGUCUGGACAUCUCCCAUGAUAAAACAGUGAAGGAUCUGAUGGACACGUCCCUCCACUCAGGCAGGAGAUCAGAAAGGCAGUGGACCUACCAGACCUGCACUGAAUUUGGCUUCUACCAGACUUGUGAGGAUGCCACUUGUCCGUUCUCUGGGAUGAUGACCCUGCAAGCUGAUACUCAGCUUUGUCCCAUGCUGUUUGGCAUUUCCCAGCAUUCUCUGCCUGCACGCAUUGCCUUCACAAACACUUACUAUGGAGGAGACAACCCUCGCACACACAGGGUCCUUUAUGUCAAUGGUGGAAUUGAUCCAUGGCAGGAGCUGUCAGUGGUCUGGGACAAGAACGAGGAAAAAGAAGAGGUUCAGACAGUUUUUAUUGAAGACACUGCUCACUGUGCUGAUAUGAUGAGUAGAAGAGUCACAGACCGCUGCUCACUGAAGAAGGCCAGAGAGGCGAUUGAGAACCAUGUGGCCAGUUGGCUGAAGACGGCCGCCCAGGAGAAGAUGGAGAAAAGACGAGUCUGAUCAGGUCACAUUAUAACCUGAUCAGAC